AAAAAGAAAAAAGAAAAGAUAUUAUAUUAGUAUUAAAAAUUAAAGUUGCCUCUUUUCUUUUCUUUUUACAGUUUUCUUCAUUUUCUCUGAAAAGUAAAUCGCACUACUCUCUUCUCUUUUCUAUCUUUCAGCUCUCAGUUUUUGACUCUUUAAUAAAAGCGAAAGAAUCUCUCCGGCCGGAGCCCCGAUUACUUCUUGGGCUUCUCCUUUUCUUCCUUCUUUCUUUAUCUUCUUUGCCCCCCCCCCCCCCCAAUACAACCUCUUCUUUUUUUCUUUCUUUUUCUCUCCUUCUAUGGCUGUCUUAACCCUCAAUUCCCUCCCUUUGGGCUUCCGAUUUAGACCCACCGACGAGGAGCUCAUCGACUACUACCUCCGCUCUAAGAUCAAUGGAAAUCACGAAGAUGUCAGCGUUAUACGCGAAGUCGAUGUCUGUAAAUGGGAGCCCUGGGAUCUUCCUGAUCUAUCCAUAAUAAAGACCAAGGAUCCGGAGUGGUUUUUCUUUUGCCCACAGGACAGGAAGUAUCCCAACGGCCACCGCUUGAAGAGGGCUACCGUUGCUGGCUAUUGGAAGGCAACGGGUAAGGAUCGAAAAAUCAAGUCUGGCACUAAAUUGAUUGGAAUGAAGAAGACAUUGGUAUUCUACAAAGGUCGUGCUCCUAAGGGAAAGAGAACCAAUUGGGUAGUCCAUGAGUAUCGUACCACUCUUAAAGAACUCGAUGGCACUAACCCUGGCCAGAGUGCUUUCGUUCUCUGUCGCCUAUUUAAGAAACAGGAUGAGAGUAUAGAAGGGUCCAAUGGCGAUGAAGCUGAAGCUGCUAUCUCAUCCCCAACUACAGCUGAAUCCUCUCCUGGACCUGGAGAUUCCCAUUCAGAGCCAAUACUUCCUUUAGUUUCUCCAUCAUUGCAAAGGCAGGCCGAAAGUUCUGAUGGCGUGCUAUCUGAAACUGUAGAACAUACUGAUGGUUCAGCUGACAUUCAUGGUUUUGAUUCAUAUAAUGCAGAAAUGGAUCCUCAUCCGGAUGAAGAGAGGAAAUUCUGUGGUUCAGAGAACAAACCACUUGAUAGUAAACUAUAUUCCCCAUUGCAUUCGCAGCUGCAAGCUGAGCUAGGAUCAUCAGGCAUAUACUAUUCUGAUAGCAAUUACUUGAACUACGAAGCUAAUGGUAAUGCAGAGCAGUUACCUAGUGGGACAGAGGAGUCAGAUUUUAUCUAUCAGAUGCUAGACUCGUUUGUUUAUAAUUUAGAUGAUUUUCCGCUCGAAGACCAGCAAGAACUCAUGUCUCUUAGCGAGUUUCCAAAUAAUACACUGGAUAGCUUGGACAAUGGAUUUUUCGGCAAAGUGGAGGCUGACAAUGUCAAACCAAUGGUUAUGCCAGACUUUGAAAGCUCCAUUUGUCUGGAGGAUAUUGACAGGAAGACUCCUAUUGUUGAUCAUGUCGGAACUGCACCACCAGAACAAGGUCAAUUUUAUAAUAUAUCAGGUAGCCUUCAGGAGUCAUACAAUCAGUCGUCUGCAGUUGAAAGUAUGGAUGCUGGAACUGGAAUUCAGAGAAUCAGUCGCCGGCCAAGAAGUCUGCAACAGCCGAAUGAGUUUUCUACAUUUCAGGGGACUGCCCCUAGAAGACUACGACUGCAAAGCAAACUUGUAGCGCCAUCCUCAUGCUCUAGCAAUGUGUAUAGUGAGAGUGGUGGAUCGUGGGAUAAUGACCAACCAUCAAUCUCAAGCAAGGUGAAAAAAGCUGCAGAAAGCAAGACUACUGGUGGCAAUUGUGCCAGUGCUGGUGGUGCUGUGGCUGCUGCCACGGUUGACGUUGUGAAACAGUCCCAGAUGACACCUAAUGCAGAGUCGGGCGUGAGUAGUAGUAAAGCUUCCCAUGAAGUGAGUGCGAAGUCAGUGGCUAGCUAUAGCUCAAAGAUCGACUUCUUAACAGGCAAAAGAAGAUUAGUGACGGCGCUGCCACCUUCAAUCCUUUCAUACGUUUCGGUAGUUAGGCUUGUAGUUGUCGCAUUAUCCAUAAUUUUUAUUAGCAUUUGGAAGUGCUGUAACCGUGAGCAGCGUGGGUACUUUCUGUCUCCCUUCUGUUAGCCUCCAUAGGUUUUUAGUACCCUUCAUGGGAUUGGGGGUUACAGAAAAAGGUUUUUGGAAAUAACAGGUUAGGAUUGUAAGGUAUGUGUAUCUAUGUCGUCAGUGUCAAUAUUUAGUUUGGGCCUUGUGUAUCUACGUCCUCAGACUCGGGAGUCCAAUGUUCUUUUGUAUGAAACAGCUUCACUGUUCACCGUUUUCACCCCCUUAUUUAAGGUGUUUUGUAUAUAUGUUUAAAAUUUUAAAUUUA